AUGUCCGUAGACCAGUCCACAGCCGAGCCUGGUGAGAAAGCUAAUUUAGAAGAGUGGGCGGCAUCUCGUGUGGAGGAGUUGCGGAAAGUGGUCGCAAGCGGCCAGGCCGCUGGUGUGUUUACGGCCGCCGAAGUCCUUCCCGCGCUCGACGUUGACAGGGCAGUUCGCGAACUGGAGCGCGUGCAUGCCCGAACUCUGCGUCUGGAACAGGCAAAACACGCCGUUAGGGCUCAACGUGAAAGUCUUGCACUUUUGAAAGCAGAGUUCGCCCUCGAAGAUAUAAGAAGGACGGUUGAAAACCUGCACGGAAAAUCUGAGCGUUUACAACGGUGUUACCAUUUUAUCGAACAAGGCUGGCAUAAUUAG